AUGCCUUACUUUCAAGGCUUAUUUGAAAAACGCUGCUUAACCAUAGGCGCCCCAACUCAGCUUUCAUUCUUUACCACGGCCUUCUCAAUUCUCUUCACGAUCCUGAAUGUCCCUGGUAACUUCUUAGUGAUCCUAGCUGUAGCUAAAGAUCCCUAUAAGAACUUACGUACCCCUUUCAACUACCUGAUGGCAAAUCUCGCACUCGCAGAUUUAAUUGUGGGGACAGUGACCGAUCCUAUGUCCAUAUACAACCAUUGGAAAGAAGGCAUCAAUGCUAAGCUGUUAAAACGCGAGGUCCAGAUCUUCCAUAUGUCUUACUUCAUAUCCUGUACAGCUUCAGUUCUCAGCUUGGCGACAUUAGCCGUGGAGAGAUAUUUGGCUAUCAGCAAUCCACACACCUAUAGGAACAGGUAAUGGUGAUAUUAGUAUAAGUAUAGUACAGUAGAACUCCGCUAACUCCAACUCCCAAGGGAAGCGAAAAAGUAUUCGAGAAAGUGACUGGGGUCGGUGUUGGAUUUUGUUUAUGAUAUUAAUAAUUAGUAAGAUAUAGUCGUUUUAUUAUUCAUCACAAUUGUGAGCUAUUACGGUGCACUCUAUAAAAUGUGAACCCGCUAUAUUUGACCAAUGGAAAAUGAAAUUUUGUUCGACGUCAUAGCGAGGAGUUUGAGUUAAGCGAGUUCGAGUUAGGUUUCUAUUGUAGUAUGAUGCCCAGUGCAAUUCGGAAAGAACAUACACGAGUGAGUUUUUCAACCGAAAACAAUUAAAUUGAGUCGGAAGAAAGUAAGGACGAAUGCACUUUGAAAACGAGUGUGUGUUUCGAAUAGAGUAAUUGUCAGGUUUAGUAUUAAUGUUACGAUUAAGAUUGUGUUGAAAUUGGGUUUUCAAUGCAAAAAUAUUCCAACUGAUAAAUUAGGUUGAUAAAUGAGAAGGCUGGUAAAUGUUUUCUGUUUUAGGUUCACGACUAAGCGUGUAUUCGCGACAGCUGGAUGUAUUUGGCUCGUCUCAUUCACCAUCCCUUUCAUUUACUUCGAAGUAGGCACCGUCACAUACGCCUUCAUAUUUGCCAAUACUGCAAUCGUGCUCGCGAUCGCUAUAACGUGUUUCACGUUUGGGUUAAUGAUACGUGCAUUUCAACACCGCGCACGGAGUGAUGCCCCAAUCGCAAUCACGAAUCAUAAUGUGGAACACGAAAACUCGACAACGCACGCUGUAGGACGUAACGCCCAAAGUCAAACCGCCGCUAAAUGGGAACGAAAGGUAACCAAAAUGUUCUUGGUGGUGUUACUUGCUCUUCUCUGUUGCUAUGGUCCCUCGACGGUGUUUAUCUAUGCUAUGAGCUUUUGUGAAAGCUGUAGUUGCACUGCCCUGCAUUGGUUUAGAGAUCUUCAGUUUCUGUUUGUCAUUAUGAAUAGCAGUGUGAAUUUCUUCUGCUACGCGCUGAGGUCGCGAAGAUUCAAGAAUGCGUUCGCGCAUAUCUUGAAGAUCAAGAGAAUGGGGGAAGCGGAGCCUGUGUCGAACUCUGGUACAAGAUUUACACAUUGUUCAACCGAUCGCAUAGACACUCGUAUUUAG